CAACAUCCUCGAUCAACUCACACACCACACAAUGGCAUUCAAGUUUGUAGUAUUCGCCUGCUUGGUGGCUGCCGCCAGCGCCGGAGUAUACCCGGCCGCCCCCGUGGCGUACUCCGCCGCCCCCGCCUACGUCGCCCACCAAGCGUACGCCGCGGCCCCAGCGCACGUAGUGCACGCUGCCCCCGUGGCAUACGCCGCCCCAGUCGCUAAGGUGGUCGCCCCCGUCGCCAAGGUCGCCGUCGAGGAGUACGACGCGCACCCCCAGUACAGCUUCGCGUACGACGUGCAGGACGGUCUCACCGGCGACUCCAAGAGCCAGCACGAGAGCCGCGACGGAGACGUCGUACAGGGCUCCUACUCCGUGGUAGACCCUGACGGUACCAAGCGCACCGUGGACUACACCGCUGACCCCCACAACGGAUUCAACGCUGUAGUACGCAAGGAAGCCGUCGCUCACGUCGCUAAGGUUGUCGCUGCUGCCCCCGUCGCUAAAGUGGUCGCUCCCGUCGUCGCCAAGGUAGCAGCCCCCGUCGCCUACCAGGCUGCCCCCGUGUACCACUCCUCCCCUGUGUACCACGCGGCCCCCGUCGCUAAGCUGGCAUACGCCGCCACCCCCGUGGUCCACGCCGCUCCCGUCGCCAAGUUCGCUGCUCCCGUUGCCUACUCCGCUCCCCUCUACCACCACUAAAUUGAUGCCAAAACCUAGGAAUCCAAUUGUACUAUUAUAAAAC